AUGAUAGUUGGCUUGGUGGAGCCUGCUGGAGAACCAUGGUUGAGACCAGGAGGUCUGAGGAAGUAUUCCUGUCCACUCACUAUCGACACAAACACAGUGAGCAGAGACCUCAAACUGUCUGAAAACAACAGGAAAGUGAUAUAUGUGAAGAAGCUUCAGUCAUAUCCUUUCCACUCAGACAGAUUUAACUGUCCUCAGCUGCUGUGCGGAAAUGUUCUGACUGGUCGCUGCUACUGGGAGGUCGACUGGAAAGGACGAGUUGAGAUAUCAGUGAGUUACAGCAGAAUCAGAAGGAGAGGAAACUUCAGAGACUGUGAAUUUGGAUUCAAUGAUCAGUCCUGGAGUCUGAGAUGCUCUGAUGGAGGUCGUUACAUUGUCUUGCACAAUAAUAAGGAAACACCUAUUUCUUCCUCCUCCUCUGUCUCUAACAGAGUAGCAGUGUAUGUGGACUGUCCUGCUGGCUCUCUGUCCUUCUACAGAGUCUCCUCUGACUCACUGAUCCACCUCCACACCUUCAACACUACAUUCACUGAACCACUGCUUCCUGGACUUAGGAUAUGCUCAUCUGGUUCUUCCGUGUCUCUGUGUUGAGUAGAAGGAGUCCCGUCAGAGAAACUCUGGCUGUAGACAGAGGUGUCAUUUGCCAACAGUCAAAUGUUUGGGGCCACGAGCAUAUAAAUACAGCAGGUAUAUAGUAAUGUCAUUUGCCCUCGAGAAAUGUGGUCAGAUGAUGACAAAGAGAGGGAAGGUAGUCCAUACAAAAGGCACAGCACUCUCAGAGAGCAGAAUAGCAGAUGUUAAGGGUUACAAGUACUGUUAUGUGUGUUUUGCACUUGACUUUUACCUUUGACCUUUAUCUGAGCUCUGUGAGGCCCAAGCCGAUCUGAGGUCUGCUGUUAUGUGAACCGUUACAGGUGUGUUCCCUUUUUUCAAGCUUUGCAUGAAAAACUAGCCAUGUCCUCCCUGAUAAGAAUAUGUUGUUUUCUGCAGCUUGAGCUAUGAGCCAAUGAAUGCAAAGAAGACUGUUUGGAAAAGAUACGGCCAUGCUAAAGAUAUAUCAAUAGAGGCAAGCAGGGCGCGUUAGGUGCUUAAGCUGAAUUUAUACUCGCGCAACAUAUGCGUGAGGUCGAUUACGGCCUUGCUGACGCUGGUGAGUGUGCUCUCGCACUCGAGUGUAGGGGAUAUGUUUUCGUGUGGUGUUACAGUUUCUCUUCCUAUUCUGAAGGAGGCAGCAGAGGUAGUAUCAGCUGGUAAGCUCAACAGGAAAGAGUUCUUCUGAUGUUUCACUUCAGUUCUGGUAGGUAUUUCCUGUUUUUUAAACAACAAUGGCGUCCAACACAGUGCAGUGUCUUCAUGAGCCUGCGGAAGCAAACAAUUAAAAAAUCUGAUCAGCCUCUCAUCAACUUGAACCAUUGGGUGUUGUUUUUUUAAAAUGGAGGUUACCACACCAAUUCAGCGAGAAGAUCCAGAAAUCCGAAAACAGGUUAUCCCAUAUAGGCCAAUCAUAUGAGAGUAUAUCUGUGUAACUGUCUGCAUAGCUGGGGUGAAUAUCAGGUUUGGAAGAGGUGCACGUCGAGCCUCCGUGGACCUGCGCGGCGCUUACAGUGGUUAUGCCGUAACCGACCUUACGCAGACGUCGAGUGACUAUAAAUCCAGCUGUGGAGUCUCUGCUAGUCUAGUUACUCUAAAAGAGGUCAGAAGUUCAGAAUUGUACAGCAUUUAUAUUUUUUCAUCAAGCUCAAGCUUUUAAUAAAAGAUCUUAGAAUUCUCUAAGUUAAAUCUGUUUCA